AUGACUCACCACCGCCGCAACCACCACUCUCACAUCUCCCCCCACCCUGUUCGAAGGCGGUUGAGUGUUUCUAGGCGAACCCCAACCACCCUACUCAACAUGGACACGACCAAUUUUAGAGUCGUGGUGCAACAAUUCACAGGUGGUCCAAGAGCACCGUUCGUCUCCGGUUCUCAAUAUUCGAUUUCUAGCGGAACCAACUUUAACUUCAAACUCAAAAAUUGUCACCAGAUUAUAAACCCUACUGCAACCAUGGUUCCUUCAGCAUAUCAUCUUCAAUUUCAGCAACAUCAAAACUACAUGUUCUCUCUGAAUGAUAGUCAAAGGGAUCACGAUGCCUUUGGCCAUAGACUUAACAACUCCAAAAGGAGCAAACUUGAAAUGGAGGUCUAUGAUGGGCCUAGGGCUUCUUCCUCGAAUGAGAACUAG